GAGGAGUCAAGGUCAUCGAUGCUAAAGAGAAGCUGGUGAUCCCAGGAGGUAUCGACACCCACACCCACAUGCAGAUGCCUUUCAUGGGCACAGUGGCUGUGGAUGACUUCUACACUGGCACCAAGGCUGCGUUGGCUGGAGGCACCACCAUGAUUCUCGACUUUAUCAUCCCCAAACGUGGACAGUCACUACUGGAGGCAUUCGACCAAUGGAAGGCAUGGGCUGAACCAAAGGUUUGUUGUGACUACUCGUUCCACAUGGCUGUGACCUGGUGGAGUGACAAGGUUGGGGAGGAAAUGGAGACGAUUACCAAGGAGCGAGGUGUGAACUCCUUCAAGAUGUUCAUGGCAUACAAAAAUGUGAUGAUGCUGAAUGAUGCAGAAAUGUAUCAGGUGUUCUGCCGGUGCAAAGAGAUAGGGGGCCUCGCUCAGGUGCAUGCAGAGAAUGGGGACCUCAUUGAUGAGUGUUCCAAGAAACUGAUCGCUCUGGGCAUCACCGGUCCCGAGGGGCACGCCAUGUGUCGUCCAGAGGAGGUAGAAGGGGAGGCAACCAACCGUGCAGUCACCAUCGCUAACAGGCCCCAGGAAGCCUUUCAGUGACUACGUGUACAAGCGGAUGAAAGUUCGGGAUGGUCUGAAUCAACCCAAGGCUGUGGAGAGGGAGCCGUACAAGGGGCCAGUCAUCGACCUGAACGCACAGCCGCAGGAGGAGCCCAAGCGUGUCGCCCCGUCCGUUGCAGCAGAGUUUGAAAAUCGUCCAAUCAGCAGCCGGCACGGCCACCGGGAUCUCCACGCCUCCGGGUUCAGUCUGUCGGGACGUCAGGUUGACGACAACAGGGGCAACACGCCGCACAAGCGUGUUCUGGCACCCCCUGGGGGAGCCUCCAGUAUCCAGUUCUAAACUGGUCCACCCCUUCAGGAGCCCCUCCUUUUAGUUUUGAUGCAUGCCACAUUUUUAGGCAGUUUUAUUUGUCCAUUAUUGUGUCUUCUCAUGUUUGUGUUUUCUAAGCUACUUUUUGUAUGAGUCACAUUCCAUUUGUAUAAGCUUCUCAUAUGGCCAUGAUAGUUUGCAAUUAAGAUACAAUUAGGUAAUCAAUUCAGAUAAUACUACAUUGCAUAUAUAUAUAUAGCUGUGAAAUUCUAGGCAGGAAUUCAUCCAUGUGCUGUUUUGUAAUACUGCUACAGUUUCUUUAUGAUCAUGAGAAGUUUAUGACAAUAAUUACUUUCUAUGAAAACUGCUUAAUAACUAUCACAACAUCACUGACAACCAUCCAUAAUGAUAUAUGUUAAACCAAGCUGAAUACCCCAAUGUUAGUGGUUAUUGUGGGAAAAUAGUAUAUUUUUAAUAUGUAGCCAUGAGCUUACAUGUACACCCAUUCUAGAAUAAGUUUUAUCAGGCUUCCUAUGAACAGCUCUUUCUUUUUAAUUCUUCAUUUUGUAGUUUAAGUAGACAUCGUUGUUUCAUAAUUGUGCAAGUUACAUGUGUGGGUUCAAAUAUUUUGUUGGAGAAAGCCUUUAUUAGUACUACAAUUCAUCCUUGAAGGUUCCAUGCAAUUUAGAGUCAGGUUUGCUACCUCUAACCUUGUGACCAGUCAAACCUGGAAACAUCACUGCAGUCAUGGGCAAAUAUACAUGUAUACUAGCAAACUGUUUAAAGCAAACUUAAAUUACUAGAUAUGAAACAAUCUUGUGAGAGCUACAUUUGAGGGGUGUUCUUGAAAUACAGUUGAUAUUCCAAAAGGUUAGAAAAACAAAGUAACAACUGUGAUCAUUCCAGAUUUGACACACUGAGUUCGUCUGUCAACAUGUCUGUCUCUUGUAUCGAUGAUCGAUGUAGAUAAUUCUGUGGCUGAGAAAUGUAACUGUAUGGUGGUAAACAUUAGAGUCUUGUAUCUUACAUGUACGAAUCCAUUAGUUACAUAUAAUCCAUUCCCCUAUGACAGAAGUCGGCAGGAAAAUGGUUAAUGCAUGUCGGCACACUGCAGAUAGCAUGAUCGUAAGUACAUGCAUGUGUUGGUAUGGAAAACACCGUGACGUGCCUAACUGUGUUGAUAUAUGAUAAGGUAAAGCUGCACUCUGUGCCUUGUAUUUUAUUUGGUCAGUUCUGGCUGUAGACGAUCGAGCUGAUGGCAAUCAACCUGCACUGCUGAUGUCGAAACUAUUAAACUUGUCCAGUGAACAAACC